GGCGCGGCGGCCGUCAGCGGCGGCAUGGCGGUGUGCGCGCGGCUCUGCGGCGUCGGGCCGGCGCGGGGAUGCCGGCGGCGCCAGCAGCGGCGGGACGCGGCCGAGCCCGCGGCGGCCGACAGCGGGCCGGACACGGACCCCGAGGAGGAGCGCAUCGAGGCGGGCCCCGCGGCGGGCCCGCGCCGCUCGCUGCUGGAGCUGCCGCCCGAGCUGCUGGUGGAGAUCUUCGCGGCGCUGCCCGGGCCCGACCUGCCGCGCCUGGCCCAGGUCUGCUCGCGCUUCCGGCGGCUGCUGCGCACCGACACCAUCUGGAGGCGCCGCUGCCGCGAGGAGUAUGGGGCCUGCGAGGACCUGCGGGGGCUGGAGGUUGCGGGCGUGUCCUGCAGGGACGUCUACGCUAAGCUGCUCCACCGCUACAGACACAUCCUGGGGCUGUGGCAGCCGGACAUCGGGCCGUACGGGGGGCUGCUCAACGUGGUGGUGGACGGCGUGGUCAUCGUCGGCUGGAUGUACCUGCCGCCCCAUGACCCCCAUGUGGACGACCCCAUGCGCUUCAAGCCCUUGUUCCGGAUCCACCUGGUGGAGCAGAAGGGGGCCACCGUGGAGUGCAUGUACGGCCACCACGGGCCCCACAACGGCCACAUCCAGAUCGUGAAGAAGGACGAGUUUUCUACCAAGUGCAACGAGACUGACCAUCACAGAAUGCCCGGCGGGAGGCAGGAGGAGUUCCGCACGUGGCUGCGGGAGGAGUGGGGCCGCACGCUGGAGGACAUCUUCCACGAGCACAUGCAGGAGCUCAUCCUCAUGAAGUUCAUCUACACCAGCCAGUACGACAACUGCCUGACCUACCGGCGCAUCUACCUCCCGCCCAGCCGCCCCGACGACCUCAUCCCGCCCGGCCUCUUCAAAGGCACCUACGGCAGCCACGGCCUGGAGAUCGUCAUGCUCAGCUUCCACGGGCAGCGGGCCCGGGGCACCAAGGUCACGGGCGACCCCAACAUCCCCGCCGGGCAGCAGACGGUGGAGGUGGACCUGGCGCGCCGCAUCCAGCUGCCCGGGGGCGAGCAGCAGCACAGCUUCAGCGAGCUCAGCCGCCUGGUGCUGGAGGUGCGGGAGCAGGUGCGCCAGCAGCAGGAGGGCGCGCCCGAGGACAGCGAGGACAACGCGCCCCCGCCCGCCGCCCCGGGCCCCGCGCCGCCCGCGCCCGGCCAGGGCCAGCCCUUCGUGCUGCCCGCGGGCGUCAGCUCCAGGAACGAGGGCUACCCGCGCACCUGCAGGGCCUGCUUCUACGGCACGGGCCUCAUCGCGGGCCACGGCUUCACCAGCCCCGAACGCACGCCCGGCGUCUUCGUCCUGUUCGACCAGGACCGCUUCGGCUUCAUCUGGCUGGAGCUCAAGUCCUUCAGCCUGUACAGCAGGGUCCAGGUGGCCUUCCGCCACGCCGACGCGCCGUCCCCGCAGGCCUUCGAGGACAUGCUCAAGAACAUCCAGGCGCUCACCUCCUGACCCCCCGCCCGCCGGGACUCCCCGCGCCCCCUCCCCGCGCCGCAGGCUGCGCGGGACGCCGCCUCCCCGGGCCCGGCCCUUCUGCAGAGGGACACCCCCGCCCCGAGUGUCAUGGAGAGGGUGUGUGCACGCGCGAGUAUGCAUGGACAUGUGCCUGCACGCGUGAGUAUGCAUGAACGUGUGUGUGUGAGCUUGGGUGUGCGCACGUGUUGGCGGCCCCGGGGCCGCGGCCGAGUGAGGAGGGGCCCGGGGGCAGCCGGGCAGCCUGGGGCGGGGUCAGGAGGCUCCGUCGCUCUGCACCUUCGCUUGAGUUGACUUUUCUUUUGCCAGGGACAGACCCUGGGUCCUCGCGUACCUGCGAGCAGCCUGGCUCUGCCCGACCCACGGGCUGGAGCGUUUCGGCCCUGACUCCCGCUUCCGGGGAAGGGGCCACGUGACAGGCCGCGGGCCACGUGACAGGCCGCGGGCCACCGCCUCGCCCUCCGGCUUGAGAACCAAUCUCCGCUCCAGCCCUGUGUGCCGCCCCCAGGCCCCUGCGGGCUCCCCACACCUGCAGGGGCGCGGGGCCGGGGCGGGGCGGUGAGAGGCCGCCAGGCCUCGUCCCCGGGAGUGGGCGGGGCUGACACACCCAGUUAGGACCUGGCGGUUCCCGCAGGGGCCAGGAGGGUCCCUGCGCGUCCUACACUCCCCCUCACAUUGUAAUAAAAGUGCCCCCGCCUUCCAGCA